AUGCAUCUAUUCGUUAUUCUUGUCGGACUGUUGUGGAAUUCUCUUGCAGACUAUCACAUCCGAUGUGGUAAUCUUCCCAGAGCACGGGACGUGUAUGCUGAAGCUCUGGCAACUGUGAUGACUGUACGCGAUUUCACCCAGGUGUUUGAUGCGUACGCAGAGUUUGAGGAAUCGAUAGCAAAGGCUCGCAUGGAGGCUUUGGCCCAGUCUGAAGAAAGCACACCGGAAGGUAAGCGGCUGGUCGAUGCGAUCGAUGAUCUAAAGAAAAUGCUUAGUCGAAUAAAAUGA